AUGUUGAUACCCAAGAAGGGCAAAGGCGACAAACCGCCAUCGCCACCGAAAACCACACCAAAAAAGCCCAAGAGCAAGAGCAGCUCGGACAGCUUCGAUCUAGAAAAGCUCAGCAGAAUCGGCCGAAUCGGCCGAAUCGGCCGAAUCAGCCAGCAACUCCUCGAGCGCAGUACCAACUGGUUGUUCAAGCCGUUCACGCGCCGCCGGCGCAGAAGUUUCGGCGCAAGAUAUCGCACGCCCACGCCCCACCCGCACCCGCAUCCGGAUCCGGAUCCGCAUGAUCCUCGCAGCGAGGACGCCUGCCGCUACUGCAAGAUGAUGAAAGAAGACGAUGAGGAUACCCACGUCUGCAACGGCUGCUGCGGCAUGAGCCGCAAGAGCGACGAUACGGACGAAGAAGAGCACCGCGGCCGAACCGGCACGCGCAAACGGGUCGAGUGCCUCAACGCAGCCGCUCCCGCAGAGCCGGAAACCGACCAGCCAGAGGAGCAGGAGGACGAAGCAAGUAACGAGGAGGGUGGCGGCGGCGGCGGCGGCGAAGAGAACGGCGGCGCCGCCGAGGGGGAGAGCAGCAGCACCGAGUCGGCCGAGGACGCCGAAGGCCUGCCGACACCGCCCAGCACGAACAGCGCGGCGUGCGUUGCCGAGGUGCAAAACCUCCAGCAGCUGUUCGCAGCGAGAUACGACCACUUCCUCAGCAGCGACGACGACGCUGACGCGUCCAGCAGCUGCUACACCGCCUCAAGCAGCAUCUACGACUCCGACGAGGAGGAGGCCCAGCACCCGUCAGUGAUUCAGAAUGUGCCCCAGUGGAAGACCGUGGUGACUUGUUCAGCCGAGGCGCUCUCCGAGCUGUACAUCGCCGAGAUCGAGGCGUGUGCACUGCAUUUUGACGAGCUAGAGCGGAGCCAGAGCUUGCACUUAGGAGAUGAGAAGGCAGCCGCCUCGGAGGGAGCGCAGCACGGAGAGGUUGGAGACGGCGACGUUGUCAUGGUCGGCGACGGCAUCAAUGAUGACGAUGAUAUCCAUCACGUCGAUAACUUGUAUCUGGCGGACAAAGAGGCGCAGCAACGAGACGUUGGAGACGGCAACCUCGUAGUCAUCGGCGACAGCAUCAAAGAAAGUUUUGAGACCUACUACGUUGAGAGCUUGUGUCUGGCAGAAAACGAUGCUUUCACCUCAGAGGGAAUGCAGCAACGAACGAUUAGCGACGACGACGUUGUCAUUGUCGACAGCAUUGUCAAGAAGAGUUAUGCCGUCCACCAAGCCGAGGGCGUGCCCCUGCCAGACAAGAAGUCGCUCGCCUCGGAGGGAGCACAACAGCGAGAGAUUGGAGGAGACGGUGACGUCGUCAUGAUCGGCGACGGCGUCAAGAAGAGGAUUGACACCUACCAACACGUCGAGAGCGACGACCACCGCUCGCUGAACAGCUUUGUCUAUGUCAAGUCCGAGUAG